AGAAUCAGGAACUUGAUUUUCCAUGGGCGUAUCUAUUAUUUUGGAAAAAUUCCAAUGAAAUGGAAAGAAUAGAAAAUCUGGAAAAACCUUAAAAUGAGUAUGCAGGUAUAAAUGGUCACUACAAAUGAAAAUUCCAAUCAGAAUCAAUGCAGACAUGAAGUUAAACGUUGGUUUAGUUGUUUGUCUCUUUGCAAUUUUUGCUGGGAGCAAUGCUAAAAAAACUCCAAAAUCAAUAAGCAUCAAUCGAGGUGGUGGCGGUGGUGGAGGAGGUGGUGGAUAUGAUAAAUAUGGUGGUGGCGGUGGUGGUGAUAAAUAUUAUAUACCAGUCCAACAAGUACAUCCAGUACAUAUACCAGCACCAGCUCCAGCACCAAUGCCGAUGCCAAUGCCCAUGCCAAUGCCAAUGCCGAUGCCGAUGCCACAACCAAUGCCACAACCAAUGCCAAUGCCAAUGCCGAUGCCUAUGCCAAUGCCAAUGCCCAUGCCAAUGCCACAACCAAUGCCACCAUCGGGAGGAGGAGGACAGUGUGUCUGCAUCCCAGGAGCAGCUGGUCCAUCAGGUGCACCUGGAGCAAAGGGUCCACAAGGACCUAAAGGAGAAACUGGAGAUCAAGGCCCAAAGGGUGUUGAUGGCCCAACUGGACCAAUUGGUGCACCAGGCAAUCCAGGUCCACCUGGAGCACGUGGUCCUCCCGGACCAGAAGGCCCACCAGGACGUCCAGGUUUCGAGGGACGACAAGGUCAAAUGGGUCCACCUGGAUUACCAGGUAAUCCCGGACCAACUGGUUUACCAGGACAACCUGGAAUGGCAGCAUAAAAAAUCUUAAAUAGAAAUGGAGAAAAAAAAACUUUGUACAAAAGAAAAUCGAACAAACGAAACUAAUAAAAUUAUU